AUGCCCGUCUCUGCCGAUCGAGAACGACAGCUGCUUAACAAGUACAAGAUCCCCUCCUUGUAUCCCGAGAAAUGGCCCACUCGCGCAGACGACUCCUCGGAUGACGAUGACGAGGCUACGGCCAGCAAUGGCCUCUCCCCUAUACCAUACAACUCCAAACUCUCCGUGAACUCGCGAUCGAGCUACUCGAAAUACCGCAACAUCGACCGUCAUGCCUCCGUCCGAUCGGCCACCCGCGAUUCCGAGAGUCUGGUUCGCAAUGACGAGCCCGACGCGCUCGGAAUGGCCCCCAGCGUGGCCUCCGAGUUGAAGCGAAGAGGUCUUCCCAUCGACGAGAACCUCAAGCUCCGCAACCGCUUCAUGCUGAGCUCCACCACCUUCAACCCCGCCUCCUUCCUCGCCACGGUCCAUCAAAACGCCAGCACCGAAGACCUCCUACGUGGCCUUGAUCACCUCAGCCAGAGCAUCGAGCAGAAAUCCGCUUCCCUCAAAGUCCUUGUCGAGUCGAAUUUCGAAAAGUUCGUCAAGGCAAAGGCUACCAUUGACAAUGUCUAUACCGAGAUGCGCACCCAGGGUGUGGAGGCGGGAGCAGCGGACCAACAAAGGGCGGAAAACCGGCUCAGUUUGCAUACUCGACAGACAAGUAAGAACCAGUCGCACUUCCGCUCGUCUAGUGGCCGCAUCGUAAGUGGGUCGCGGAAGUCCGUCGUUAUUCCGGAAAAGAAGAAGAAUGCCCUCACCAAAGAGUCGGAGUAUGGUGUGCAAGGCAUCAAGACUCCGUUGCUGGAGAUUGCAAUCAAGGCGGAGGAGGUGUGGGGUCCAACUCUAGGAGGACGCGAGAAGGAGGAAAGCCUACGGGAGGUGCUGUCCACCAUUGAUCAGCAUCGCGACAUCUUCACCCUUAGUGGUGAGCUGGCGGAGAGCAUACGAAAGCGAGACUACGAUGGCAUUGUUUACGCGCACAAGCAGGCCAAUCGACACGCCAACUUUGCGAGGAACAUGGCCGACAUUGCCAAAGCCAAUGGAGGGCAGUUGAGUGACGAAGAUGCUCAAGUCAUUAUCGUGACGGCAAAAAUGUGGAAUGAUGUCGAUCCUCAGAUCAACGCUUGCAAAAUCGACGCGCUCAAGAGACUCCGCGAAUCUCAUGGCCGCAGGCCAGCUGCAGUACCAGAGGAGACGGACAAAGAGGAGCAUAUGGAACUCAUUGGACUUCUUUUGCAGCUCGGCGUUGAUGACAACCCCAUCUGGCAGUGGCUGAACAGUCGCUUUCUCUAUCUCAAAGACAAAAUUGCCCGCUCAUUCGAGCGGUCGAGGAUCGAAUUGGAGAUUAUGCGGCGAAAGCUUGCCAACAGUUCCCGGACGGAUGUGCAAGGACUUGCACAAUACCUGCGCUCUGUCGCCAAUCCGGACUCGUUCAGAUUUGCCAAAGAGUCGGGCAGGGACCUCGACUCACCUCCAAUCAUUGCUUUUUGGGAGAAAGUCCACUUCUCCAUGACCGCGCUGCUCUCGCUGCAGAACGGGGUUGUCGGGGAAGUGAUUGAGUAUUGGGAGACGACGCAGUCUUUCAUUGACAACAAGGCGCAAAAGGCAUUCUCGAGUGCAGUCGUUGCAGCUGGUCAAGAGCAUCUCGAACUCGAACCCGAUGAUGUUCAAAACCUGCGCUCUGGAGCGGUGGAGCUUGUGAACCUCAUCCGCGACAAUGUGCUGAGCUUCUUCUCUGAUCCGCCCGUGGACGAUCUGAGUGAUCUCUACUCGCCCAUUCCGCCGACGCCCAAGUCCCCCGAUGUUAGUAUGGCGCUGAGUCCGAACCUGAAAAAGACGUUCACGUUUGAUAUCAUGAACGCCCCACCUCCAUCUCCGCAGCGAGGGGAUGCAUGGGAGAAGUUUGCUUUCUGGGCACCCCAGUCGAAUUGCAUCAGCGGCUCCCUCUACCUCGGUCGGGUCUUGAUGAUCAUCGGCGUGGGUGCCAGCGAGUUGUCCGCUCUAAGCGUCAUCAAGCAGACUCGCGGCGGCGAGAGUCUGAAGACGCUCGUCGGCACUGUGCGUGAGCGUUGCAUUCAAGCAGUAUGCGCCGCCUGGACCACCGACUCGGACAGAUGUAGGAUUCUGGAGUCCUGGACUCGGCAAUCGGACCGCCGCGAUCUCACCACCGUUGCCCCAUCUAUUGCCGCGUUCGAGGAGAAUGUGCUGCAGCAUGCACAGAAGAUUGCGUACAUCACCGACGCUAUGAGCGCGCGUGGGAGUGCGGAGGUCAUUGUGCCGCCCUCGGCGAAGAUGCUGCAGUCGCUUCGCGGGACGUUCGUUUCCAGUUUGCACAAGGUUUUCUCGGGCAUGGUGGAUAACGCGGAGCAAGGUGAUGUGAGUGGCGUUGGGAACGACAUCCGCAUGCUCCUCACGCUCUCCAAUCUCUCGCACCUCAAAGCCGAAAUCGUGCCGCAUCUCGUCUCGCAAUUCGAGACAAACUUCUCCGUCAAGCUCAGCGACGAGACCAAAACCAUCCGCGAUGUCCUCGGCCAACUCGACACCCGCCUCUUCCAAGCCUACAUCAAACCUACCGUCGACUACCUCCAGCAAACCAUCGCCACCGGCAUCUCCACUCCAUCCUGGGAACCGGCAGCCACGGCUCGCCCCACCGAUGCAAAACCCUACAUCUAUGCCGUCCUGCUUAAACUCGUGCUCAUCCACAGCGACGUGAGCUCCACCACCCCAACUCUCACCAAUCAAAUCCUCUCGCAUCUGCUAGAGCAAGCAAGUCUCUUCCUCAUCCAAGCCUUCAAAGCCCGCUGCCAACCCUCUCCCUCUUCCUCGGCAAAAUAUUCCCUCCCAGCCCUCAUGCAAGCGACGCUCGACGUCGAGUUCCUCGCCCAGACGCUCAACAACUACACCACCGACAAAGCGAGCGAGACGCAAAGCCAAAUCUACCUCGCGCUCGACGAGCGCACGGAUAAUGAGUCCCGCGCGAAGCUGCAGGGCGAGUUGCCUGCUAUGCGUGCGAUUUUGAAGAAGCUGCGCGAGGGGACGAAGGGGGAGUUUGGGUGUUUUAAGAAGGAGAGGAGGGGGCGGAGUGAGAGGGCUGCUACGGGGACUGGAAGGGGGGCGAGGGCUGCGCCUGCUGCUGCUUAG